AAGAUGAAUACCAAUCAGCCAAAGAAGGACCUAAAAGAGAUGGAAUUUUUCACUGAGUAUGGGGAUGCUAAUAGAUACAAGAUUCUGGAAGUCAUUGGGAAGGGAAGUUAUGGGGUGGUUUGCGCGGCUAUUGACACACAUACUGGAGAGAAAGUUGCCAUAAAGAAAAUUCAUGAUAUAUUUGAGCAUAUCUCUGAUGCUAUCAGGAUUUUGCGCGAAGUUAAGUUGCUUAGGCUUCUAAGACAUCCGGAUAUUGUUGAAAUUAAGCGCAUCAUGCUACCACCUUCAAAGAGGGAGUUCAAAGAUAUUUAUGUUGUUUUUGAGCUGAUGGAGUCUGACCUUCACCAAGUUAUCAAGGCUAAUGAUGACUUGACCCGUGAACAUCAUCAGUUUUUUCUUUACCAGAUGUUACGUGCAUUGAAAUAUAUGCAUACAGCAAAUGUGUAUCAUCGAGAUCUUAAACCAAAAAACAUAUUGGCCAAUGCAAACUGCAAGCUUAAAGUUUGUGAUUUUGGACUAGCAAGAGUUGCCUUCAAUGAUACCCCAACCACAAUAUUUUGGACAGAUUAUGUUGCUACACGAUGGUACAGAGCUCCAGAACUAUGUGGAUCAUUCUUCUCCAAGUAUACACCGGCCAUUGAUAUAUGGAGUAUUGGCUGCAUCUUUGCAGAGGUUUUGACAGGGAAACCAUUGUUUCCUGGUAAAAGCGUUGUUCAUCAAUUAGAUUUGAUUACCGAUCUUCUUGGAACACCUACACUAGAGACCAUCUCUGGAGUUCGAAAUGAGAAGGCAAGGAAAUACUUGACAGAGAUGCGGAAAAAGCAUCCUGUGCCAUUUACACAAAAAUUUCCCAAGGCAGAUCCUUUAGCAGUCCGCCUAUUGCAAAGGCUACUGGCCUUUGACCCAAAGGACCGACUGACUGCAGAGGAGGCACUGGCGGAUCCGUACUUCAAGGGUCUGGCCAGAGUUGAGAGAGAGCUUUCUUGUCAACCCAUUUCGAAGCUGGAAUUUGAGUUUGAAAGGCGAAGAGUGAUGAAGGAGGAUAUCAGGGAUCUAAUUUACAGGGAAAUACUUGAAUACCAUCCACAACUACUAAAGGAUUACAUGAAUGGAACGGAAGGCACAAGCUUUAUGUAUCCAAGUGCUAUAGGUCAAUUCAGAAAGCAGUUUGCUUAUCUCGAGGAAAAUGGUGGUAAAAGUGGACCGGUCAUUCCUCCAGAGAGGAAGCAUGUCUCCCUUCCACGGUCUACUGUUCAUUCAAGUACAGUAAUCCCUAUUGCACAACCAAAUUUGCUCUCGUAUGAGAACCGGCAGACAGAAGAGGCUUCUAACGGUCUUAGAGUAACAGAUACUGUUAAUGGGAAUCCAUCAAAGGCCUCACGGCCUCCACCGAGGGUGCCAACAGCAAAACCUGGACGAGUUAUUGGACCAGUUCUUCCAUAUGAAAAUGGCAGAAAUGCCAAGGAGACCUACGAUCCAAGGACGUUGUACAGAAACGCAGUUCUUCCUCAGCAGUCUAUCUCUCCACACUGCUUCUUUAGAACUCAUCAUGUCACUCAAGAAAAGUCCCUGUUGGAGAUGAAGAGAGAUGCAGCUCAUGCUAAACUGCAACCCCAUCUUGAACAACGAAACAUGGCGUCAAAACCUAUUCCGGGCAUGGCCAUCGAUGUCAACACCAACCCAUACCACCCGCCAUCCACCAAGGUAGAUCAAUUAAAUGCCAUGGAUACAAAGCUGCUGCAUGCACAGUCUCAGUUUGGUCCUGUUGGUGCCGCAGCUGUAGCUGUAGCUGCUCACAGGAACACAGGAGCUGUUCACUAUGGAUUGUCUUAGGUGGGUUUUAAGUGGGAUAUUCAGUGUUAGAAUUGAGGAGGGAGGAGUAAUUGUAUCAUUAGCCAUUUUUUCUUUCCAAUUAAUUACCUUUGUAAUUAUAGUAUUGAAAAUCAAUAAAAAGUUCUAAUUUUUAG